AUGCCGUCGGAAUCUAAACCUUUGUUAGCUGCUCAAACAGAAAAACCAAAUCAUUACAAAUAUCUUAAGGAGUUUCGGGUAGAGCAGUGUCCGUCUUUCUUACAACAUAAAUGUACACAACAUAGGCCUUUCACUUGUUUUCAUUGGCAUUUUAAUAAUCAAAGACGACGAAGGCCCGUAAGAAAAAGAGAUGGGACUUUUAAUUAUAGCGCUGAUAACUACUGUACAAAAUACAACGAGACAUCGGGCAUCUGCGAGGAUGGGGACGAAUGUCCAUACCUACAUCGCACAGCCGGAGACACAGAGAGAAGAUACCACUUGCGGUACUAUAAGACAUGUAUGUGUGUGCAUGACACAGAUGCACGGGGUUUGUGCACCAAGAAUGGUGCGCACUGCGCGUUCGCUCAUGGCGCACCCGACCUGCGCCCGCCCGUACUGGACAUGCGUGAGCUGCAAGCACUCGACAACCCCGAUUCCACAGAUGCUGAUGCAGCAGCGCCUAACGCCUUAGAUAGAGAAAGAAAUCUUCAAAAUGAGGAUCCUAAAUGGCAAGAUACAAAUUAUGUUCUUUCAUCUUAUAAAACUGAGCCGUGUAAAAGACCACCUAGACUAUGCAGACAAGGAUACGCUUGUCCACAAUAUCAUAAUAGUAAAGAUAAGCGCAGAUCACCAAGGAAGUAUAAAUAUCGUAGCACACCGUGUCCCAAUGUGAAGCACGGGGAAGAGUGGGGCGAGCCCAGCAACUGCGAGGCGGGCGACGCUUGCGGCUACUGUCACACGCGCACCGAGCAACAGUUCCACCCCGAGAUAUACAAGUCCACCAAGUGCAACGACGUGCAGCAGGCCGGCUACUGUCCUCGCGGCCUCUUCUGUGCCUUCGCGCACGUCGAGCCCGAGGAGCUGGGGGCUCGCGAGCUAGCUGGUGCGCUGGACUGCGGAACCAGUUUGGCCGAGUUGUUGUCUUCAGCGCUGCCCCCCGACAAGAAGGCGGAGCGCGCCGCCUCUCCUGCGCCUGCGUUACCAUUGGCGUUGGCCCCUGUCAGCAACGGCAGCGGUGACGGCUCCGAGUGCGCGUCUACGUCAUCGGGCGGGUCGGCCGGCCGAGCGCUGCGCCACGAAGACCACAAACCCGCACCGCCGCCGGCUUGGCCCGCGCGGGCACCGUUUGAUGCCGGCGUAUUGCACGAUGUAGUGGGCAACGCUCUCGACGACUUGCACCUGGACGAGCCGUUAAAUCUCGUGGCUGCACUCGACCGUGACCUAGCGGACGGCGAAGGCUUACUGGCGAGUUCUGCACCGGUCAACAUCCCGCAGGCGCGACCCACAUUGCGUGGCUUCAGCCCACCGCCUGCAGGCUCGCCGCUGCCGUCCUUCCUGAGAUACUCCAAUGAAACCGAGCGGCUAUUUAAUUCCCAUGCUAUGAAGGCUGGUAGCUUCGGCGGUGGCGGCGGCGCAUUCGAAUACGCGGCUGCGUCGCCGUCGGCUCCGGGUGAGCUGUCGCGACUGCGCGAGGAAGUGGUGGCCUCGCGCCAAGCUGUGGCGCGCUGGGACGAGCGCCUGGCGCAGGCUCGCUCGGCAUGCGAGGCCUGGCAGCGCGAGGCGGACGAGGCAGCGCGCGCGGCGGCGCUGGCGGAGCGUCAGCGGGACGACGCGCGCGCCGCGGCGCUGGCGCUGCGUCGCGAGCUGGAGGCCGCGCGCGCAGCACUGGCCCCGCGGCGCGAGCUGCGCGGGCUGCCGUUGACGGCGCUGAAGGCGCUGCAGGCGCAGGCGCGCGCCGAGCUGGAGGACAUCGAGAAGGUACUGUACCUGGAGACGGCCACGAAGUGCAUGGGCUGCGAGGAGCAGCCCCGCAGCGUGACGCUGGCGCCGUGCAACCACUACGUGCUGUGCGAGGCGUGCGCCGCGACGGCCGCGGAGUGUCCGUACUGCCAGACGCCGGUGCAGCACCACCAGUAG